AUGGACUCCUCUCUCGCAUACAAGCGUGCCCUGCAGGAGAUGACAGUCUACGACUUUACCCAAGUCGAUGUUCCAUUGAUAUCGCGGCAAGAUGAUGCCAUGGGUUGCCUGCAGGAUUUGCCUUUGAAAGAUAUGGAAGGCCGUUACCUCGCCAAGAUGGUCAUUGACUUGGUUCCGGAUAUGGUAUGGGAGUCUGUGAAUUUCCAACAGUUGGAAGAAUGCAUGAUGCAAAAGCAGUACAAUGAGCUCCCUCCUCCAUUUGGCCCCAAGGUGCUUAUCUCAAUGCCCUACAAAUUGCAGAUUGCCAUCGUGAAGACGAGCCUCACACACUGCACCGUAAUCAAGUACUACUCCUUCGACCAGAAAGUCAAUAUACGACUGGUUGAAGUCAUGGCCUAUGGCACAUUGAAGUUGUUAGACUUCACUCCCAACUUCCGUGCCGGACCUUUGGCUAUACAGCUCAUGCUCAAGCAAAUGUCGCACUGGUUUGCCCACUACAUUCAAGUGGUACCAAAACCUGCCAAGGAGUCAAAGCCCAAGCAGAACACAGACGACCUGCAGAGUGGCUUUGCCUACAUCAAGGCCAACGGGCAUGCGAGUGGGAUCGUGUAUGCGAAGACCAUGAACGACUUCUAUCUGACUCUGCACGACCUGGCCGCCUGGUUCUUAGACGACGUUGUUGUUGAACUUCUUGGAGAUCUCAAGUCAAAGACCAUUGUUUUCCUCGGCUUGGCUGAGACAGGGAAGACACCAGCAGCGCAAGCUAUCGCCAUGGCAGUCAGUGAGUACUACAUUCUGCGAGACAACAAGGACGAUGGCAUUCAGCCGGGUUUCCGUAUAUGCUCUUCUCUUGAUCAAUUGCGAGGAGAGUCGGGCGAGAAGUAUCGUCCAGACAUCCUUGAUGACCCAGACAUCAACAUGGUCCCAAUCCCUAAAUUGAAGAGUUUCCUCGACAGCUCUCUCGCAGAAUGCCACACAGUUGAGAGAUGGACAGCUGCAAGGUUUGUACAGAAUCAGUUACGCAUACUUUGCGACAACAAGAUCAAUGAGAAUGCGGAGCCUCCAGAAAGCAGCGGCGUCACCACAGACUUCGACAUCUUCUACGACAUGAUCAAGCCAGCAUUUCACGACAAAGCGAACCUCCAGGACAUCAUGGCGUGCUUAAAGCGUGCUCACUUUGUUGUCAACAUGAACCAUGCCAUCUUCAUACGGAAGGCCGGAACGACCAAGGACCCGGUCAUGCGUGUGCCUUAUGUGGAUGGGAUGCGGGAUUUUCUUAGUGAAGAUGGAAAGUCUGUGAUUCGCUACAUGCAAGACGGCAACAAAUGCCCCCCGACAAACUGGGUGCAGAAGCGACAAUGGUCGCACGAUCUUAUGAGUUUGAUCAUAGAGACACAGAAGAAACCUCCCCGGACGAAAACAAUUAUCUCGUCAGCUACCUUCGCUGGUGGUUCUAGAACGCGCAAGGAGAUCAAGCCUUCACUUCCGUUCUCUGGCCGUGUUUGUCCCGCUUUCAUUGCUCAGGAUCAGGCACAUUCCUCAGAGAACAUGGUACAGCCCAUAUCAUCGGAGGCGCCGGGUACAUCUUCAGAUUCCAAGUCUUUGCAGUCAGAGGUCCCAUCUUCCAAGGCGUCGGUCGCCCCGACAGAAAUCAAGGAAGAGCUGGAUGACGACAAGAAUCGCUUUCACAUGAUGCUCUCCAACCCGGACUUUAACACUGUCAUCGACUUGGAUCCUACUCCAACAUCACCACCUCCAGCCAAGCGGCCACGCUCUACGACAACGGAUGAGGUUGCUCAUGAUGACAACGAAAUGGAUGUCGCAGACGACGAUAUUCUUCCUCGUGUCGGUGUGAAUCCGGAAGAUUGA